AUGUACCUUUUUUUAUAUAUUAUCUUUGGCACAGGUGCUUCCCCUCGUAACAGCCUUGAGGUUCUAACACCAGAGGUUCCUGGAGAGAGGGACCGUGGCAACUGCAUUACAUCUUUGCAACUUCACCCCAAAGGAUGGGCUACGCUUCUUCGCUGUUCUAGCAAUACUGAUGACCAAGAGUGGACUUGUGUAUACGAGUUUCAAGAAGGAGCCCCUGUACGUCCUAUCUCUCCUCGAUGCUCUUUGCGUCUGACCCACUAUAUUGAAGAGGCUAAUGUGGGCCGUGGCUACAUUAAGGAACUAUGUUUCAGCCCAGACGGACGCAUGAUUGCCUCUCCUCAUGGCUAUGGGAUCCGAUUGCUGGGAUUUGAUACCCAGUGCAGUGAGCUUGUAGACUGUUUACCUAAAGAAGCUGGGACUCUACAAGAAAUUCGCUCCCUAUAUUCUCAUAGGGAUGUUGUCCUGACAACUAAGUUCUCUCCUACCCACUGUCAGAUAGCGUCAGGGUGCCUUAGUGGACGGGUCUCCCUGUACCAACCAAAAUUUUAA